AUGUCCAACACUCCGGGCACUCCCGGGUAUGCAGGCACAUCUUCCUUCCCUGCAACGCCAGGAUCACCAGGAACUUCGGCUGCUCAGAUUACGUCUUCGCAAUCUCUAGCAAACACGCUAAAGACUAAUUUUACAAACAUACUUAACGACUAUGAGUCUCUUACAUCCCAACUGUUUGCUUCCAUUGUCGAAACGGCAGAAGGGAGAAAAGCUGAGCGCGCACCCGUGAGCCUUAUGAAAGAGAUUGUGGAUUUAGAUAAAAAAUUACAAGAUGGAGUAAGCCAAAUUGAAGAACACCAAUACUAUCACAGGAAAAUAUUGCAAGUUCAACAAGAGAUAGAUGAGGAAAAUGCCGCUAUCAUGGAAUUAGUUGAGCAGUUACACCAGGGGCGAGAGCAGCUUGAAACCUUGUUGGACGACGCGCGUGUCUCUAUGAAGGCAAUGAAAUUGGCUAGUGAUUCUCCCACGAACAUAGCGGAUUUAUUGGCAUAUGCUUAUAAAGUUAGCACGUAUACAUCAGCACCAGCCAACUCUGGUUUAAAUAUUCCGCUCCAGCCACCUUACCCAACUGAACAGCGUAUGCGGAGAAGUCUGCUCUUUCGUCAAUACAGUAGUGAGAUCGGUGCUACGAUCAUAGAGUCAAAGACAAAUCCAAAUAAAGAGGCCUUUGAAGAAGAGUCAGAAGAGAUUGACGCUAGCGCUGAUCAUCAGGCAAAGAUAUCCGCACACGCAGACAUUGAUAAUAGCAUCGAACAGGGUGAUAAUACGGAGAAAAUGAUGGACCUCAGUCUGAAUCCCGAAUUUGAAUAG